AUGUCUGCUCCGACGCCGGACCACCCCCUGAUGGUGAAGGAGAGGACAGGUUCCUCGGUAAGGCCCUUGCAGCUGGCCUACAUGAUCUACGGGGGCAGGGAGGCCUUCGAGCGCAUGAAGGAGAUCCAGGCGGAGAUGGAGGCCGAGCCCGUUUUCGAUAGGGACGAUCGACCGUUUCUCGACCACACCCAGCGCUACCUUCGCUCGGCGGAAAAGAUGGCUCGCUUCCACAACAAGUGCAGGGAGAUGGGCCUUACAGACCCCCAGGAGAUAGCCUGGGCGUACGUGGCCAUCGACGAGGUGCUCCCCACCGACGUCCACAUGGCCAUGGUCGUCCCGGCCCUGCGGUACCAGACGUCCCCGGAGCAGCGGGAGGCCUGGCUGCCUCUCGCCACCUCCUUCCGCAUCCUGGGCGCCUACGUCCAGACCGAGCUGGGCCACGGGUCGAACGUCCGGGCGCUGGAGACCACGGCUACCUUCGACAGGAGCAUCGACCGCGCUACAGUGCUGUUGUAA